AUGACGUCAGAAUUGCAUCAGUUUGCCCUAGUAGCAGCUCGGGCUGAAUUUGCCCUUGGGCCUGCCCGGGCUGGUGGAACCCACCAUGAAACCAGGCUGCAUCUGCUGCGCUGGAGGUGUCUUGGGCUCGCCAGGACAGCCUUUCCCCCAGUUUGGGUAUGGCGCUGGAGAUGCUCUAAGAGCAUUUCCAACAAAGGGCCCAAGGGGAGGGUUGGGGGGGGGCAAACCCAAAAUGGGGUUUCCAGCAACAAAGAUCUGCCAGGGCAAGGAGUGGGGUCCAGCUACCUGGGCUGGCCCGAGCGCCAGCCCGAGGGCAAUCUGACGUCAUCGCGCUACAGUGCCCGCUACAGUGCUCCCUUUGCCCAAUAA